CAAGGCCUCUCUCUCUCUCUGUCUCUCUCUCAAAACCCCCACCACUCCCACUGAACCUUCUCCAAUUCCUCUGCUAAAAAUGGAGAAACCUCAGCUAAAUUUAGAGAAACCCACCAAAGCAAACCCAACAGAGAAACCUCUGAAAUCAAAUAAAGUCUCUAUCUCAGCCUUUCUCUUCUUCAUCUUUAUCUGUUACUCUGUGGUUCAUUUUGACCUUUCUCCUUCUGAACUCUUCCACAAUACCAAAUUCUGGUUCUUCCUUUCCAACGCCCUCAUCCUUAUCAUCGCUGCCGAUUCCGGUGCCUUCUCUUCCUCCAAACAAAAAUAUGAUCUCUAUGAGGAGUACUUGAAGAACAGCAGAGCAAGGAAUGCUUUCUCAUUUGUCCCUCCUAAGACCAUACCUUUCUCUUCGAUGAAAGCAAAGCUGGAACCCAUGACAGUCUCUUCCAUCAAAACAAAACAUGUCAUUUAUGAGGAACCCAUUAAAGAAACCACCAUUGAUUCAUCAUUCAAAGAAGAUCUUGAGAAUAGGUCUGUGAUUCUCCCGGAAACAGAACCACCACCGGAAAGCAUUCCAGGAUAUGUCAACUUAAAUGCUCGAGCUUAUGGGGAAAGGGACUCACAGGGGGGUAACAAAUGUGGGAGGAUUAUUUUCCCAACAUACAAGAGUGACAAUUCUGAAAGUUUGGAAGAAACCACAAUAGUAGCAAGCAGAGAAGAGGAACCCCGGGUUGAAGAUUCUUGGGAAACAAAGGAAAUUCGGCGAAGCAAUUCAGAGAAGGCGAUUUCUGUUAAUGAGAAGAAGAGGAUCCUAAGCAGGUCGGUUACAGAAGGGUAUGAGCCGAGGUCCGAAGAGAAUGAAUUCUCGGCCAUGUCUGAUGAAGAGCUCAACAGAAGAGUUGAGGACUUUAUCAGGAAGUUUAACAGACAGAUGAGGCUUCAGGAAACUAGGAGCUUGGGCUGGUUGGAGAAUUAGUCAAAUGAGGCUUUUCCAGAGGAAAAUAGGGGAACCCAUUUGCUAUACUUCCUUUGUCAUGUUUCUGUUCUCUUUCUGUCGCCCCCUUCAUAUCUUGUCUGUCUCCUUUUGCUGAAGAGUGUAGAUAGUUCUGGCCGUUGUAAUAAUCUAUAUUUUCCUUUCUAUGGAUUCUCCUUAGUGUUGUUUUUUUUCUUUUUUCUUUUUUUUUUUUUUUUUUUUCUAAUCUUCUUUGAAAAUUUUUCAGUUUUUUUUUUAAAUAAUUUCAUGAACUUAGCAUAAAUCUAAGGAGAAAUCAAAUAUUUGAUUAGCCUAAGAAAU